UAUUUUCUCAUGAACCUUGUCUUGUAGCAAUACUAUGUAUCUACGGCACAAGAACUAUCACGGCUAACCGGAGUAUGUCAGGCUCCAAUUAUACAACAUUUUUCUGAAUCUAGUUUAGGUUCAACUACAAUCAGAUGCUUCAAUCAAGAAGAUAGGUUUAUGGAUAUAAACCUCAAGUUGGUGGAUGAGUAUUCUCGACCCAAAUUCCAUUUCUCUGGUGCAAUGGAGUGGUUAUGCUUCCGUAUGGAUAUGUUGGCGUCAAUCACAUAUGUUGUGUCUUUGAUUUUCUUGAUUUUAGUGCCGAAGGGAGUACUUAGUCCAGGUGUUUUGGGUUUAGCAAUUACGUAUGGGCUCAAUUUCAGUAUGCAUGCAAUCAUAUGGGAUCUGAGCAAUCUUGAGAACAAAAUCAUAUCCGUUGAAAGAAUACUGCAGUAUACAUGCAUCCCUAGUGAACCCCCUUUGUUGGUAGAAGAAAAUAGGCCUAGUUGUGAAUGGCCAUUGCAAGGGAAGGUUGAUAUCGUUGAUCUGCAGGUCCGAUAUGCACCAAACCUUCCUCUUGUCUUACGAGGUCUUACAUGCACUUUUCCUGGAGGGAUGAAGAUUGGUAUCGUUGGACGUACUGGAAGUGGUAAAUCAACACUUGUGCAAGCUCUCUUCCGCAUGUUUGAACCUACAGCUGGUCAGAUUUGGAUAGAUGAUGUCAACAUCUCCAAAAUUGGCCUUCAUGACUUGCGGUCAAGAUUGAGCAUCAUCCCACAAGACCCCACAAUGUUUGAGGGGACUUUAAGAAGCAAUCUUGACCCGCUUGAAGAAUACACUGAUGAACAGAUUUGGGAGGCAUUAGAUAGAUGCCAGCUUGGUGGUGAAUUUAGAAAGAAGGAAGUGACUCUUGAUUCUGUAGUGACUGAGAAUGGAGAGAAUUGGAGCAUGGGUCAACGGCAGCUAGUCUGUUUAGGGCGGGUAUUACUCAAAAGAAGCAAAGUGUUAGUUCUCGACGAAGCUACUGCAUCAGUGGAUACUAUGACAGACUAUCUAAUUCAACAAACGCUAAAGCAACAAUUCUCAGAGUCUACUGUCAUCACAAUUGCACAUAGAUUAACAUCAAUUCUUGAUGUCGAUAUGGUACUCCUUCUUGACAAUGGACUUAUAGUGGAAUACGAUUCCCCAGCAAAUUUACUAAAGAUCAAGUCUUCAUCAUUUGCAAAGCUUGUUAAGGAGUAUACUCUAAGAUGUAGUUCCUAGUUUUUGAAAAGUCAAAAUUAGUGACUUUUAAAUGUUUAGACAAAUGAAUGUUGAACCAUAGUGAGGUGCCUUGCUAUUUUGAGUAUGAAAAAAUUUUGGUGGGAGAAGACAGUGAAGUGGAUAUUAAGGCUGCAUGUAUUCAAAUGA